AUGCCCCCCACGGAUGAGGAUGCUGCCCUGCAAGCCAUCGCCGCCCUCGACCAACCCUCGCCCGCCCAACUGAAUGCCCAACAGGCCAUUGCCGUCAUACUGCACAAUGGCGAGCCCUUUGUUGACGUCCACACCCUCUUCGCCCUCUACGACACCCUCUACUUCCGAAACCUGCUGCUGUCGCGUGUCCAAGUGCUUUGGUCGUCGCGUCUAACCCUACUCUCCAAGGAUCCCAAAACAGGUCACUGGUCCCGCAUCCGCCUCAAGUUGAGCUCCCCACUGCUGCAGUACCGCCCCCGCUCAGACACCAUCAAUACACUGCUGCACGAGGCCAUUCACGCCUACUUCUUCAUCACCACCUCGUGGACCCACUCGCGCGGUGACGACGGGACGGGCCACGGUCGCGGCUUCCAGCUGCUAGCCGACGCCCUCAACAACCACGGCAACUAUCAAAUUACCGUUUACCACUCGUUUCACGAUGAAGUCGACAGCUACCGCACCCACGUCUGGAAAUGCAAUGGGCCUUGCCAGACCCAACCUCCCUAUUUUGGCAUCGUCAAGCGGAGCAUGAACCGCGCCCCCGGGAAGAGUGACCCCUGGUGGGUGAAACACCAGGCUGAGUGUGGCGGCACCUACACCAAGAUCCAGGAACCUGCACCUACAAAGAAACAGCUGCAGGCCAUGACCACAAAGAAGCGUGCUGGACGCCAGAAGAACAAGCUCGACAACUGGAUUACAGCCGGACCGGCAAAACAAGCCCAAGCAAAAGGUAGUACUAGUGACGAUCCGAUCCAUCUUCCCGACGACAAACCUCGGGCUGCACCCUCACAUACCAGCAAACCCAAAGAUUCAGUAGUCGAGAACCUUGUUUCUUCACCGUCAUGUUCCACGCCCCCCCACACAGGCCACAAACGUCCGCGGUCGGUGCAAGAACAUGACUCGGCCAUGCACAAGAAACUUCUUAUCGAGUGCCCAAUUUGCAACCUAACAAUGGCUGAAGCAGACAUCAAUCAGCACUUGGAUGUGGCGCAUUGCUGACAACGUUUCCCCUGCCUGCCAGCCCUAAAUAGGAUUGAUUGUCCUGGACCCUGAUUCUUACGUCAUCCCACACUGCUCGUUAUAUCCGUAAGAUUUACGCCUGGGUA